ACUCAGAGCGACGAAGGAAAAAAAAGGGACAAAAAUUCCGUAAAAUUAGAAAAAAAUGGCUUCUUGGAAUUCUAUAUAUCUGGAGGUCACCUACGAGGUUUUUGGAUGGAUCGCCUUCUUCUCAUGGUCUUUUAGCUUCUAUCCUCAAGUCAUACUAAAUUACAGGCGAAAAAGGUUUUGAUGGCUGGAUGACUUGUAUUGUGGUUUGCUUGGUGGGGAAUUGCAGUGUGGUUGGUCUGAACUUUGACUUCUUGGUGCUGAACAUGACGAAGCACUCGUCGUAUCUUAUAUACAAUGCGGCGAUGUUCUUUAGCCCCACAAUUCAGAGGCAAUAUCAUGAGAAAUAUGGAUUUCAAGAGAUGAUUCCUGUGGCUGCAAAUGAUGUUGCUUUUUCAACCCAUGCUGUUGCAUUGACAGCUUUUACUUUAUUCCAAGUUUUAAUCUAUGAACGUGGAAAUCAGAAAGUCUCGAAAACUUGCACUGUAAUCACUACAGCUGUUCUGGCUUCUGCUGUGGUCUGUCUGAUCAUAGCCUGUCCAAAGCAUUCAUGGCUCUGGCUCAUCUCUGUGUUCAACACAAUACAAGUUAUCAUGACAGCGAUCAAGUACAUACCACAGGCCAUAAUGAACUUUAGGCGCAAGAGCACGGUUGGCUGGAGCAUUGGCAACAUCUUACUUGAUUUAUUGGGGGGCAUUCUGAACUUUGGUCAGAUGGGUGUACAAUCAAUAGACCAGGAUACAUUGGUAAACUUGUAUGGUAACAUUGGGAAAACACUGCUUUCAUUGGAAGUUGUGUUUUUCGACCUUCUCUUCAUCUUUCAGCACUACGUGCUCUACCCUGCCAAUAAGGAAGGAACAAACCGGACAAUUAUGCAAGAAAGUGUCACCCCACUUAUUAAGUCUCCAGACGAGCCUCAAUCAACAAAUGUAUAAGGGGAUAUAUUGGCCUUCUCUCUAUUUUCUGUCUUUUUUUCUCUUGUGAGUAGAAUGGAGGCCAAAAUCCCAGAAUAAAAUAUCUUGGCAUCUGAUUUCGUAAAACUACGCUGGUUCUUGUAUUUAUAUAUGAUUAGAUAUGAUUUCUUAUUUGCAACACAGGAUUCAGGUGAUGCUAAACACAUUAAUAUGAGCAUCACGCAGUUGUUUGAAGGUAUAAUGCAUGAAUGCUGUUCUGUAUAUAUGGGAUGGUGGAAUAUGUAGCUCACAAUGAUAAGGUUGGCUGAUGUUGGUCUUAUUGAAUCAACCUGCCUUCUUUCAGAGAUGCUUAAGAUAAAGCACCAUUGAGGAAUGUAAGAGAACACAAGGUGAAAGCCUUCUUUUCAUGGUCAACAAUUAUUGUGUUA